AUGGCAAGUAUGCAGCUAGGAUAUGGGGCGACGACAUUGCACCACUGGGCAGGAAUCCUAGAUGGACGAUAUUCUUGUGAAGAGUUGGAGGAGUUGUUUUUAAAUGAUGAUAAGUUUGCUGCAGCAAGAGAGAGAAUACAGAGUACAGAGAUAUUGAUCAUUGAUGAAAUCAGCAUGCUGUCAAAGAAAAUUAUUGAUGUUUGCAGACUGUUUUUAAAGAAAGAAAUGGUGUUUGGAGGUUUACAGGUUAUUGGAUGCGGUGACUUUAAACAGUUGCCCCCAGUUCCAAAUUAUAGAUAUGGAGAUGAUGGGUCAUAUUGUAUAGAGAGCAAUGUCUUUCAAAAGACCUUCCAGCAUCACAUUAAUUUGACAGAGGUAAAGCGACAAAAUGAGCCAGAGCUAGUGAGGGCAGUAACUGAACUUUGUAACGGAACACCUUCUGAGGACACUGUUCAACUCCUGCGCAGUUUAGACAGAACUCUUCCUAAAAAUGUAGAGAUUACUAGGCUGUAUGGAACUAAUUUUGAAAUCAAUUAUAUCAACCAUGAAUGUAUAGAGGAUGAAAAUGGUCUGAUCUUCACAUACAAGGCUAAAAAUGAAG